AGAAAGAGAAAGAAAGGAAGAAAAAAUAUCCUCUCUGCGGUGGAAAGAGAAAAGAAAACUUGGGCUGACAAGAGGGGGGUGUUGGGGGGUGUGGAAGGAAGUGAGAAAACAAAAGAGAGAUAAAAGGGCUGCUUUUCUGUCUCUCUCUUCCUCUGCGAGCCCGGUUAGGAGGAGCUGUUUUGCAUCUCUUCACGUCAGCCCUGCCUCAUUCCCUUCUUCCAGGGAGGGAGAGCGCGCAGCGAGCGAGAGCAGAGAGCAGAGGGAGAGAGAGGGAGGAGAGGGAGAGAGAAAGGGAGAGCGGAGGGAGGAAGGGAGGGAGCGCGGAGGGCGGGCGGGCGCGUGGAGGCGGCGGGCGGCGGGGCGCAGCGGCGGGCGGUGGGCAGCAGGACCCCGGCCCGACCGGCCCGCCGAGGCCCCAGCGCGGGAGCGGCGCGGAGCGGAGCGGGGUGUGCCGAGAGGAACUUUGCACCCGUGGGGGUCGUCGACCAGCCAACUUUGAAGCUGCACUUUCGGUCCUACCUUUGUACACGUCGAUGCCCUCCUAGCCAGUUGCGGGAUGGAGGGCUUCAUGGACUCAGGGACACAGACAGAUGCUGUGGUGGUGCUGUCCUUGGCCCAGGCUGCUGUACUGGGCCUGGUUUCAGAAAAUGAGCUCUUCGGAGCCACCAUAAGCGCUGAAGCCUUCUACCCGGACUUGGGGUCUGAGCUGGCGGGAGCUGCGCUGGGGGAGCCGGGGCCCCCAGACCCCGAUAUCUACCAGCUUGCCUGCAAUGGGCGGGCCCUGGAGGAACCAGCCGAGGAGGAGGUGCUGGAGGUGGAGGCGGCCUUUGAGAAGCACACCCGUAGGAAGACUCGGCCACCCGUGCGUCUGGUACCCAAGGUCAAAUUUGAGAAGGAAGAGGAAGAGGAGGAGCAGGAGAUCUAUGAGGUGUCUGUGCCUGGCGACGACAAGGACCCCAGCCCCGGGGAGGGCCCUGACGAGGUGGCCAGCAGUGGCUGUGAGGCCCUGGUGCAGAGCUCUGCCGUCAAGAUGAUCGACUUGAGCACCUUCAGCCGCAAGCCCCGGACACUGCGGCACCUGUCCCGCACUGUGAGGCCCCCAGAGCUUGACGUGGCACCCUAUGACCCCCACUUCACUGACCCGGCCCGGGAUGGCUUCCCGGAGCCCAGUCUAGCCCUGACCGGCCCCGAGGCCUUGUCCACCGAGUGCAACUUUGAGUCGCCACCAUCACCACCGCACCUUGGCCCCCUGAGCGAGCCCGAGGCCCCCAGCCUGGAGUCCCCGGAGCCCGUGAAGCCGGAGCAGGGCUUCGUGUGGCAGGAGGCCGGUGAGUUAGAGGCGGACGCGGGCGGCUCCACGGUGGAGCGGCACAAGAAGGCGCAGCUGGACCGGCUGGACAUCAACGUGCAGAUCGAUGACUCGUACCUGGUGGAGGCGGGCGACCGCCAGAAGCGCUGGCAGUGCCGCAUGUGCGAGAAGUCCUACACGUCCAAGUACAACCUGGUCACGCACAUCCUGGGCCACAACGGCAUCAAGCCGCACUCGUGCCCGCACUGCAGCAAGCUCUUCAAGCAGCCCAGCCACCUGCAGACACACCUGCUCACACACCAGGGCACGCGGCCGCACAAGUGCCAGGUGUGCCAGAAGGCCUUCACACAGACCAGCCACCUCAAGCGCCAUAUGCUGCUGCACUCAGAGGUCAAGCCCUACAGCUGCCACUUCUGCGGCCGCGGCUUCGCCUACCCCAGUGAGCUCAAGGCGCACGAGGUAAAGCAUGAGAGCGGCCGCUGCCAUGUGUGUGUCGAGUGUGGCCUGGACUUCUCCACCCUGACGCAGCUCAAGCGCCACCUGGCCUCCCACCAGGGCCCCACCCUCUACCAGUGCCUGGAGUGUGACAAGUCCUUCCACUACCGCAGUCAGCUGCAGAACCACAUGCUCAAGCACCAGAACGUGCGGCCCUUCGUGUGCACCGAGUGCGGCAUGGAGUUCAGCCAGAUCCACCAUCUCAAGCAGCACUCACUCACCCACAAGGGUGUGAAGGAGUUCAAAUGUGAAGUGUGCGGCCGGGAGUUCACGCUGCAGGCCAACAUGAAGCGCCACAUGCUGAUCCACACCAGCGUCCGGCCCUACCAGUGCCACAUCUGCUUCAAGACCUUCGUGCAGAAGCAGACCCUCAAGACACACAUGAUUGUACACUCACCCGUGAAGCCGUUCAAGUGCAAGGUGUGCGGGAAGUCCUUCAACCGCAUGUACAACCUGCUGGGCCACAUGCACCUGCACGCGGGCAGCAAGCCCUUCAAAUGCCCCUACUGCUCCAGCAAGUUCAACCUCAAGGGCAAUCUGAGCCGCCACAUGAAGGUGAAGCACGGCGUCAUGGACAUCGGCCUGGACAGCCAAGACCCCAUGAUGGAGCUGGCAGGCACUGACCCCACGGAGCUGGAUGGCCAACAGGAGAUGGAGGACUUCGAAGACAACGCCUACGGCUACACAGGCGUGGACAGCAGCGCUGAGGCCAGCGUCCUCACCGAGCAGGCCAUGAAGGAGAUGGCCUACUACAAUGUGCUAUAGCACCCCGGCUGUCCAGGGAGCCUGUGGGUGCUGGGCAUGGGGCUCUCUGCAGCUCCCACCCAUCCAGGUGUCUGCACCACAAGGGACUCUCAGACCAAAUGGACACUGUACUACUGGGCUCUGCUGCACACAGGCACAGACGCCAGGCAUGCAGGGAAGGAGGACACAGGCUGAUACUCCUUGGCUUGCUGUGGGAGGGGGGUACCCAGGGAUCAUGUGGGCCUAGGGUCCUGAUGUGGAAGGAGGUGGCCUGAGCCAUGCCUUGAUUCCUCCUCCAGGGACGCUUGAGCUCCUGUGCCGGUCAGCACUGCCUGCCCCUCCCUCCCCGUCCAUGGACACCAGACAGGGCCCUUUGCCUUCUACCUCCUGGGGCCUCCAUUCACCAGGCCUGCAUGCACCCUGAUCCUGUCCCCUCCACGCCCUCCCCCCAUGUCCUCUGCUGCCACCCCAGACAGCCCUGUCUGGGAAUAGGUAUCCCCAAAGUGGACAUCAGCAAUGGCAUCUGGCUCUGACUUGAACUAACCUGAGCUGGAACAGCCCUGAGCAGGCACCCAGCAACAGGGGCAGGUGGUCUUCCCUUGAGUGAGGGGACAGGGCACAGAGAAGGGGUCGCGGGGGUCAGGAGGGGCUGUCCUUCAAAGAGGAUUGACCUUGGGGUGGGGGGGAAGGACCAGAGCAUUUUCUCACUUAAGGAAAAGCAGGCAUCACUGAGGCCAAGGCAGCAGAGGAGUCAGGCUCCAGGGAAGAGCAGCAUGAUUUUAAAAGGAAAAUGAAGACCAUAGAAGAAAAACACAAUUUGAGUAAAUGGGGGUGCUUUGGAGGUAAUUUAUUUUAUUUUCAACUCUGUGUCGCCUACAGUCCUUUCCGAUGAAAGUGGUUUUCCUUUUUCCUCAGUGUGAGAUUUCUUGUGUGUUGUGCGUGCUUUGUGGCUUCCCUACUUGGCUACGCCAGUGGGACAUUCUGAGGGGACAGUUGAGGGGCUGUCACUCAAGCUGAAGGUGCCACUGCUGGCAGGACAACCCCAGAGGCCUCACAAGGCAGAGAACUGGGGGACCUUCACCCACUGCCCUGCCCGGUGGGCCUGUCCUUCCCUGUACUGCCUGGGCCUACAGAGCCCUCGGGCCUUCCCUCUGACCCGCUAUCAUCGCCUCUGAUCCUGUGCCCUGGGCUCCUGGAGACAGGAGCCCAUGUUGUAGGCCCAGGGCCAUGAAGCAGCACAUUCAGGAACAUGGGUUCCCCUGACAGAGGGGGAGCCAGAAGCCAGGAAGAGGGGGGGGCUGCUGGGGGGAGGGAACCAGCUGAAAUGCAGGUCCCGGGUCCAAGCUGUAUCCUCAGUGAAGGACCAAGCCACACCUCAGGGUGGCCAGGAUCAGGAUGGAGGGGACCGGGUGCCCCGCCUUCUGCUCAAGCUCAUGCUACGCAGCAUACAGAGGGCUGGGGGGCUCCCCAGGCCUGUCCCCACAUGGCUCCAGACCCCUAGUCCCCCAGCCCUCCAGGUAUCCCGCCAUGACGACCCUCAGGUGGCAGUGACCCGUCACUGUAGAAGACAUUUUCUCCUGCUGAGCAGAAGCAGCACCCCUGCAAACUACCUCUUCCCACAACGUCUUUCUCCCCUGGUACCAAAAAGAACCCUGUACCUCCUCCUCCUCCUCCUCCUCCUCCUCCUCCUCCUCCUCCUCCUCCUCUUUCCUGCCAGCGCAGUGGCCUUGGUCUUGGAAGCCCGAGGGAGAAGUUCUGGCCCCGAGUGAACGGGUGCCCCUUUCCUCCCAGCCCCGCCAUCAGCAGCCGCCCUCUGCGAGGCUGACACUUGAACGCCUGGCCCUGUGCCUUGGAGCUGGGCAAAGCGGAGCGGGAAGCAGCCCGACCCACGAUCCAGUCCAAGCUGGGGGUGGUCCUGGCCCGGCGCCCAUCCUCACCCCCUCCCCAACCUUUUCAAAGGAGGCACUCGGCCUCUCGGGUGACUUGGAAGCUCCUGGACAAAUUCCAUUCUAACUUAUUUUGAUGUGUAUACAAACCAACUGUUUAGAAAUUCCACUUGUGCAAAGCCCUACUGUGUUUUUAUGUUUCUGUUUAAAAGAGAGGUUUACUUAGCAAUAAUUAUAAAUAAAUGAAUAUUCUUUAGUGAA